AUAAAGAAACUUUUAGUGAAGAAACCUCUACUGCACCUGUUAGAGAUUAUCUUUCAUCAAUCGAUGAUGAUGGAGGUAAUAUAUACAAACUAUGCAAGCAAGAAUUUGCAGAAAAUGCUGAAUUUAAUAAUUUUUUAAAGGAACUCGAUCCUCAUUACAGACUCCCAUGUCGGCAAACACUCUCAACUUGGGUUAGCCAAGAUUACAUUAAAAAUAAAAAUCAAAUCAAUUGUUUUUAA